CGCGUUACCAUGGAGAUGUUUUCGGCGUCCUGCCUUUUGCUGCCGCGAACUGCCAGCUGCCGCAUUCUGCUGCCUCAUACGAACACAAUCUCGUGUGAUUCUUACUAAGGCGGACUCAUGGCAGAAUCUGAAGCACUGAAGAUUUCUUUCAUGUUUGCAAAUGGCGACAGAUACGAUGGAGAAUGCGUCAAAUCUUCUGAUGGAACAGUGAUAAGAUGUGGCCAUGGCACGCACACAUCUGCCAAUGGGGUCAUUUACACUGGACAUUGGGAAGAUGACAAGAUGAAUGGGACAGGACGACUCACAUACCCGUCAGGUGCUUCUUAUGAAGGCGAAUUCAAAGACAACACUUUCCAUGGAAGAGGGAUCUACAUGUUUCAGGAUGGCUCAAAAUAUAUCGGAGAUUUCCACACAAACAAGCUUCAAGGUGAAGGUCUGUACAUUGACACCAAAGAACUGGAGUGGACAGGCAAGUUUUACAAUAAAGCAGCUCCUGGACUGAAGCUUAAGCUGGAAAUGUAGAAGAAGGAGAGAUGACCCACUGUGCACCCUUGCCUGGCUUUAACAUACAGUAUGAACAGAUGAUUCUUAGGUUUGUGAUGCAGAAUACAAAGAGCAUCCAGUACCUCAUUCGCGCGGGUGGGCAGUGUGGUGUAGUCAUGAAGUGGUUAGGCCCCCGGACUCUAAAACUACCAGGCUACCAGUCCAGUCCUUACCUCUAACUCACCGUGUGACCACUUCAACAGCCUGUGCUCCGAUUAUAAAAGACAACGCGUGGAAA